GAUGUCAGACGCAUUCGCUUUUUGUUAUCGAGGUCCGUAGAAUGCUGCAAUGUGUUAGCCGGCCGGCCCAGUUGACGAGAAUCACACGCAUUUUAAGCUCCUGUCGACAUUUCACCCACGGUUUUAGCUCUUUGUCGUCCCAGGCCCUCAGCAUGACAGACCCGGCCGUGAAGAGGGUUGCAAGCGACAUCAUCAAAUCGCCGGAGGACAAGCGGGUCUACAGGGGCCUUGAGUUUACCAAUGGCCUGAAAGCUGUGCUCAUCAGUGACCCCACCACAGACAAGUCCUCUGCAGCACUCGAUGUCCACAUAGGUUCCCUGUCGGACCCCUCCAACAUCUCUGGCCUGGCUCACUUCUGUGAGCACAUGCUGUUCCUGGGCACCAAGAAGUACCCCAAAGAGAACGAGUACAGCCAGUUCCUCAGCGAGCACGCAGGCAGCUCCAACGCCUUCACCAGCGGAGAACACACCAACUACUAUUUUGAUGUGUCUCAUGAACACCUGGAGGGAGCGCUAGACAGGUUUGCACAGUUCUUCCUGUGCCCUCUGUUCGACGAGAGCUGCAAGGACCGGGAGGUGAACGCCGUGGACUCCGAGCAUGAGAAGAACCUGAUGAACGAUGCCUGGAGGCUUUUCCAGCUGGAGAAAGCCACAGGGAACCCCAGUCACCCCUUCAGCAAGUUCGGAACCGGGAAUAAGCUGACCCUGGAGACAAGACCCUCUAAAGAUGGAAUCGAUGUCCGCGAAGAGCUGCUGAAAUUCCACUCCACCUACUACUCCUCCAACCUCAUGGGGCUGUGUGUGCUAGGCAGAGAAUCUCUGGACGAGCUCACAACCAUGGUAGUCAAGCUGUUUGCAGAGGUGGAGAAUAAGUCUGUGCCUAUCCCAGAGUUCCCUGAGCACCCUUUCCAACAGGAGCACCUUAGGCAAUUUUAUAAAGUUGUCCCCAUAAAGGAUAUUAGGAACCUCUACGUCACUUUCCCCAUCCCCGACUUGCAAAAGUAUUACAAGUCCAACCCUGGCCACUAUCUCGGUCACCUCAUCGGCCAUGAAGGUCCUGGCAGCUUGCUGUCUGAGCUCAAGGCUAAAGGCUGGGUCAACACGUUAGUUGGAGGCCAGAAGGAAGGCGCGAAAGGCUUCAUGUUUUUCAUUAUAAAUGUGGACCUUACAGAAGAAGGACUUUUACAUGUAGAGGACAUCAUCUUCCACAUGUUCCAGUACAUUCAGAAGCUUCGCACUGAGGGACCCCAGGAGUGGGUGUUCCAGGAAUGUAAGGAUCUAAACAAUGUUGCCUUUCGAUUCAAGGACAAGGAGCGUCCUCGUGGCUACACAUCUAAAGUGGCCGGCUUGUUGCACUACUACCCACUGGAGGAGAUCCUGGCGGCGGAGUACCUGCUGGAGGACUUCAGGCCUGACCUGAUCCAGAUGGUGUUGGAUAAACUCCUGCCAGAGAAUGUCAGAGUUGCGGUGGUCUCAAAGUCAUUUGAAGGACAGACCGAUAAGACUGAGACAUGGUACGGUACCCAGUACAAGCAGGAGGCCAUCUCUGAAGAGGUCAUUAAGAAAUGGCUGGGCGCCGACUUCAACGGCAAGUUCAAGCUCCCCAUGAAGAACGAGUUCAUCCCCACCAACUUUGAGAUCUACCCCCUGGAGAAAGACGCGCCCUCCACGCCCACAUUAAUAAAGGACACGGCGAUGAGUAAAGUAUGGUUCAAGCAGGACGAUAAGUUCUUCCUGCCCAAGGCCUGUCUGAACUUUGAGUUCUUCAGCCCGUUUGCAUAUGUGGACCCCUUGCAUUGUAACAUGGCCUAUUUGUACCUGGAGCUCCUGAAGGACUCCCUCAACGAGUAUGCAUAUGCAGCCGAGCUCGCUGGCUUGAACUAUGACCUGCAAAAUACCAUCUAUGGGAUGUAUCUCUCUGUGAAGGGCUACAACGACAAGCAGCACAUCCUGCUGAAGAAGAUUGUGGAGAAAAUGGCCACCUUCGAAAUUGACGAGAAGCGCUUUGACAUCAUCAAGGAAGCGUAUAUGAGGUCGCUGAACAACUUCCGUGCAGAGCAACCACACCAGCAUGCCAUGUACUACCUCAGGCUACUGAUGACCGAGGUGGCCUGGACCAAAGAUGAGCUCAAAGAGGCUCUGGAAGAUGUCACCCUGCACCGGCUCAAGGCCUUCAUUCCGCAGCUGUUGUCACGGUUACACAUUGAGGCCCUGAUCCAUGGAAACAUCACCAAGCAGUCGGCUUGUGGGAUGAUGCAGAUGCUGGAGGACACUCUCAUUGAGCAUGCUCACACCAAGCCCCUCCUCCCGAGCCAGCUGAUUCGCUACAGGGAGGUGCAGGUGCCGGAUGGGGGCUGGUACGUGUACCAGCAGAGGAAUGAGGUCCACAACAACUGCGGCAUCGAGAUCUACUACCAGACGGACAUGCAGACCACUCACGACAACAUGCUGCUGGAGCUCUUCUGCCAGAUCAUCCACGAGCCCUGCUUCAACACCCUGCGUACUAAAGAGCAGCUCGGCUACAUCGUGUUCAGUGGACCCCGACGGGCCAACGGCGUGCAGGGCCUGCGCUUCAUCAUCCAGUCGGAGAAGGCGCCGCACUACCUGGAGAGCCGCGUGGAGGCCUUCCUGCGCACCAUGGAGACGGUGCUGGGCGAGAUGAACGACGAGGCCUUCCAGAAGCACAUCCAGGCGCUGGCCAUCCGCCGGCUAGACAAGCCCAAGAAGCUGGCCGCCGAGUGCGCCAAGUACUGGGGCGAGAUCAUCUCCCAGCAGUACAACUUCGACCGAGACAACAUUGAGGUGGCCUACCUGAAGACGUUGACGAAGGACAACAUAAUGCAGUUCUACAGGGAUCUGCUGGCGGUGGAUGCGGUCAAGAGACACAAGGUGUCUGUGCACGUCCUCUCGAGGGAGAUGGACUCCUGCCCAGUGGUUGGCGAGUUCCCCGCUCAGAAUGACGUGAACCUGGCCCCCGCACCCUCUCUGCCUCAGCCGGUGGUUGUGCAGGACAUGACGGAGUUCAAGAGAAGCCUGCCUCUCUUCCCUCUGGCGAAACCGCACAUCAACUUUAUGGCUGCCAAACUGUGAACCAUCGCCCCGCCCCAAAGCAGCGUGGGAUUGCUAGGGGCGCAGGAACCCACUGCCCCCCGCAUGCCCCCCCCCCCCCCACGCCUAGACCAGGAACAUCUCCCUCAUGCAACUGGAGCUAGAAGCGCAGUCACUUUGAAUGAGCAUGUGUGCUUGCGUGAGUGUGUGUGUGUGUGUGUGCACUUGUGCGCACGUGAGAGUGAGUGAGUGUGUGCGCGCCUCGGUAUUAAGUAUCUACCUGGUCAGUUGGAAGCUCCAAAAGGUGGAGAUCCGAGUCACAGGACUUUGCCACUUUGCAAGUCCCUAUUACCAUAGUCGAGUGUGAAAAGUAGUGUCCACAAAGCACUUCAGCUCUCUCUAAAACGUUGCAGUGAUAAGGUGAGUAAAACGCACCGACAACGCUGUAUAGGAAGUAGAAAAUGAAAAAUGAAAUAUGCAUAUCAGGGCCAGCACCCAUAGCCCUGUACCCUUGCUAAACACCUAAUGUAGGUCCUGCCUGGUUUACUUUACCAUAGGAAGUGGAUGAAUGUUAUGUAUGGUAUGUUUUUGGCCCAUGAAGCAAGCAGAAGGCUCAUUCAUUACAGUCCUCUUACAUUGGAUAGAGAUGAGCAAAGUCCCAGAUCUUUAUAACUUGAAGCCACCUCAAUUUAUUCAGCCAUGCUGGUGCUGGAGGAGCGGAAUUCAUGUUAUCAAGAUGUCAGACGUAUGAGAAAUGUUCAUCUUUGUAUAGAUCUAUGAAAUUUGACCUUGUCUUUUAUUUCGUACUUAUUUUCUUUCUUUCUUUCUUUUUUAUUUAAACAAGUAAAGUGUUGGGGUGCUUUGAAGAGCUGCUUUUAGACUGCUAUGAAAAUUCUAUUAAAUAGUGUCAGGUUUGUCUUUUUAUUGUUUGUUAUUCUUUGUUUUAUCUCCAAUCAGUGCUUUUUCAAGGGCUGUUGUCCAAGUAUCUACUCAGGGUGGCCCCAAUGACUGAUUUUAUUUGCAGAUUACGAAUGAAACAAAAAAAUAAACUUUUUAAAUGCC